AUGGGCGUGGGUCGAAAGCGCGGCCGUGACGGGGACGAGGAGGAAAUGGGCGGCAUGUCCACGGGCUGGGAGCAGCACCAGAGCAAACGAGUCCAGUACCUCCCUGUCCGAAGCUCACCAGAGUCGGCGCAGCAGUGGCAGACUGCAUCAUCUCUCACCUCCCUCAGUCUCAGCUCUCACGACCCCGUGCCGCAGCCCGGCUUUGCUGCUUGGUCGCACCAACCUGCAGCAGGCUCUUCAUCUUACGGUGGCGCGGAGCCGAACACGGCAGCGACCUCUGAUCGGAUGCCGACGCCGAUGCACCCCAACUUUGCCGCCCAGGUGCGCGGCCAGCAGCACGAGUGGGCCGGCCCUGGUCCGGUUGUGACGACACUCAACGGCGUUGUCAACAUGGGCCAUCAUCCCGCAGGCUUUUCGGAUGAUCAAUCCGUGCCUCGCGCCAUGUCUGGUCUGGAAGACUGGCAGGCUGUGCAGAACCACCGAAGGCUGCCCUCGCCCAUCUCGGAAAUCGAAGGCUGCACCCGGGAUCAAGACUGCAGCGACACUAGCAUGAUGAGUGAUGAUGGCAUGGGCGCGACCGUCGAUCCUCCACUGCCAAGCCCUGUGAUGGACCACCCCAGCACGAUGAUGGAUGUCGAGUCGCCGGCACAACUGCAGGCGGUCGACCGCGAGGGGGACGCGCCUUCGCCUAGCCCUGGGCGCAGAGGCCAUAUGCGAAGCAAGCAUACCAUCAACAGCUGGACGUGGCAGCCGGGGAUGAAGAAGAGCUUCAGCAUUGGCUACCGAGCCGACUGUGAGAAAUGUCGACUGAAAGUUCCCGGGCACUUCAAUCACAUUGUCAUCUCAUAG